AUGGGUUCCCCUGGCGCUCACGGUGAGCCUGGUGAUGUCUUUGUUGCUCCAGGGCUGAAGGGAGAUAAGGGUUUACCUGGCACUACUGGAGACAGAGGGUUUCCAGGUGUUGAUGGGUUACCAGGAAAAGAUGGCCAGCCAGGGCUACCUGGAACAAAGGGAGAGCCUGCUAGAUUUGGUAUUAAGGGUGAUCGCGGCCUGGAUGGAGAUCCUGGUUUUCCUGGCCCUCCGGGUGAGAGGACCCCAGGUCUUCCAGGCAUAGGUCGGCCUGGUGAACCUGGUGAAAAAGGCUCAGCAGGCCUGCCUGGUUCACCAGGAAACCCAGGUUUACCAGGAGCUAAAGGCGAAGCUGGUAAAAUUUAUAGCUUACCUGGACCUCAGGGUGUCCCUGGACCUCGUGGAGAGGUUGGCAGACCUGGUCUUCAGGGUGACAGAGGUUUUCCAGGUGAACGUGGAAUUUCAGGAUUUCCAGGAGACAAAGGUGACCCUGGACUGCCAGGAAUCGGCCUGCCGGGGCCUCCAGGACCAAAAGGCAAAGAUACUCUGGGAUUCCAGGUCCUGCUGGGAUUCCAGGAGAGCCUGGUCGACCAGGUCAAGAUGGCUUGCCUGGUCGUGCAGGAACACCUGGGCAAAAAGGGUCUUCCUGGUCCUAAAGGUGUCGUAGGUCAGCCAGGACUGCCAGGAUUUCCAGGGGAGAAAGGUACUGCUGGACCACCAGGAGCUCGUGGUGCAGUGGGGCCGCCAGGUCCUCCAGGGCUUGGGGAUCCUGGACCACCUGGACCAAUGGGGCCACCUGGAGGCCCUGGACCCCUCGGUCGGAUUGGUAUAAAGGGUGAUAAAGGUUCUCAAGGCCUACCUGGUUUAGACAUGCCUGGCCCUCCAGGAGACAGGGGUAGCCCUGGUGUCCCAGGUAUACCAGGACCAAAGGGUUUGCCAGGGGAACUAGGACCUCCGGGUAGGGAUGGCUUCCCUGGUGAACGUGGUCCAAAAGGAGAAAUUGGAAUCAUGGGAACGACAGGACCCCCUGGACAUUUAGGUCCUGUUGGAAACCCUGGAGAGCCAGGACCAAAAGGUGACCCUGGUUUGACUGGUGUCAGGGGAGUGUUUGGUGAUCAGGGUCCCAAGGGUGAGAGAGGAGAGCCGGGCAUACAGGGGCCACCAGGAAACAUGAGUGAUAUUGACAUGGUGCAUUUGAAAGGGGACAAAGGAGACAUUGGAGACAGAGGUGAUCCUGGUCCCACCGGAGAAAGGGGGUUUGCUGGAACACCAGGAGACCCUGGAAUGCCAGGAAAAGAUGGAAUGCCAGGUUCACCUGGACAGCAAGGUCAGAAAGGAGACCCUGGAGUCCCCGGGGAGCCAGGACAAACUGGAGAAACUGGAGACCCAGGUGCAAGAGGAGACAUGGGAUACCCAGGUUCAAUGGGGCCAAAAGGUAUUAAAGGUGUUGGUGGGUCACCGGGUCACCCUGGAUUUAAGGGGACUGAUGGCUCCAAAGGAGAUAAAGGAGAACCUGGUCCAGCAGGAAUAGGAAUGCCUGGUCCCCCAGGACAGAAGGGAAAUGUUGGUUCCCCCGGUUUCCCUGGUGAACCUGGACUGAAGGGACAGAAGGGUACAAUGGGCAUCCCAGGAAAUCCUGGAACUCAAGGAGCUAAAGGAGACACAGGAUUGGCAGUCCAGGAAAACCAGGUGAAAAAGGUGUCAGUGGGUUGCCAGGGUCUCCAGGAGAAUCUGGAUUUCAAGGACGUCCAGCACAGUGAACCGGGCCUACAGGGUCCACCAGGUCAACCUGGGGAGAAAGGCGAAGCAGGGGUAGAUGGCAUUCCUGGAUUUGUAGGAGAGAGAGGAGAACCUGGUAUACCUGGCACAGGUUUUCCAGGAUCCCGUGGAGAAGCUGGCAGCAAAGGUGACAAGGGUAACCCUGGUCUUCCUGGCAUUAACGGGAGUCCAGGCAUUCCUGGAAUCAAAGGUGAGAAGGGUCUGCCUGGAUUCCCAGGGGACCAAGGGCAUCCAGGAGAGAGAGGACUUCCAGGAAUAUCUAUGGAGGGACCUAAAGGGGACCAGGGAGCUCAGGGACAACAAGGACAAAAGGCCCACCUGGUAUACCUGGCAGUGCUGGAGCUAAAGGAGAAAAGGGGAGACGUGGGCUUCCCUGGCCCACAAGGCUCUCAAGGAUAUAAAGGAGAUAAAGGUUUCACUGGUGCCUCUGGUGAGCCUGGAUUGCCUGGCUAUAAUGGACCAAAGGGUGAGAUGGGACCACAGGGUGUUCCUGGGUUCCCUGGUACAAAGGGUGAGCAUGGAGUAAUUGGUCCUAAGGGUGACGGAGGUGACAGAGGAUUCCCAGGUCUUAAAGGUACUGAAGGCCCCCCUGGACCACCUGGGCCUCCCACAUUUAUAAAGGGAGAUCCUGGUCCUCCAGGACCUCAGGGUCCCCAAGGGCUGAUCGGAAUUCAAGGCUACCCUGGACAGAAAGGACAACAGGGUGUGAUGGGACUUCAGGGUUUAAAAGGAUCCGAUGGAACACCUGGCUAUAAUGGACACCCUGGGGCCAAAGGAGAGCCCGGACAAACCGGACCUUCUGGCCCCAGAGGGUACCCUGGACCUCCAGGACCUAGUGGUUUCCCUGGUGGCAUCGGCCCUCCUGGCCCUGCAUCAAUGGACCACGGCUUCCUUGUAACACGCCACAGUCAGAGUAUCGAUAUUCCAGUAUGUCCAGCAGGAACAACGCCGAUCUAUGAUGGAUAUUCACUGCUUUAUGUACAAGGCAACGAGAGGUCACAUGGACAAGACCUAGGCACAGCUGGUAGCUGCCUAAGGAAGUUCAGCCCAAUGCCUUUCCUCUUCUGCAACAUCAACAAUCCAAUGCCCAUGAGCAUGGCCCCUGUUACCGGUGAGAGCAUCAAACCCUUUAUCAGCAGAUGUGCAGUUUGUGAGGCUCCUGCAAUGGUAAUAGCUGUGCACAGUCAGACCAUACUGAUCCCACCCUGUCCUCGUGGGUGGGAUUCUCUCUGGAUUGGAUACUCUUUCGUCAUGCACACUAGUGCUGGUGCUGAGGGCUCCGGUCAGGCGCUGGCCUCCCCAGGUUCUUGCCUGGAAGAGUUCCGCUCAGCUCCCUUCAUCGAGUGUCACGGUCGCGGCACCUGCAACUAUUAUGCUAACUCCUACAGCUUCUGGUUAGCCACCAUAGAGGACAACGAAAUGUUUAGCAAACCUGUCCCCACAACGCUAAAGGCUGGGAAUCUACGAACUCACAUCAGCAGGUGUCAAGUGUGCAUGAAGAAGAAUGACCUUGCACACAGUGAUCUGAGUGUGGGUGUUUAUGGGGUGAAAGAAGCAGCUGAGUAG